GGAUGAACAGAAAGCUUUGGCUGUUAGGCUGACUGACUGAGAGAUGCUUCUUCUGCUGCUGUGUGUUGUUCUCCAGGCUUUGUCCUUGUCUCAAGGGCUCAAUGGAACAGAUGACCGAACUUCCAAGAGUGUGAAAAAGCAUGCUGAUCAUUCAGACAAACAGAUUGAGCUCUCCAAACUAAGCCUGUCUGAGGGCUGUUUUGGUGUGCUUAGGGCUCUUUACAAGAACACUACGGUCGAUGUGACCCUCAACCUUUUGGAUGCUCAGGAAAAGAAAGAGCUUGCUCUCCAAAUCUGUGAACGUUUAAGUUGUGGCCGUGUUUUCGAGCAUGGCGCGACUGCAACAGUGCACAAUGGCACUUGUCUUGCAGACUGCAUCCUGAGAGACUCAAAACUGCACAACUGCACUACAGCCGCAAAAGGUGACUGCAUGAAUGCAACUGAAGUAAUUUGCGAGCACCAGGCUGUCCGAUUGGUUGGAGGACGUGAUCACUGUGCAGGUCGGGUGGAGCUGCUGCAUUCUGGGAAUUGGGGAACAGUGUGUGAUGAUGAUUUUGACAUCUGUAGUAGACAUGUAGUAUGUGCCCAGCUGAGAUGUGGCAGUGCGAUACGAAUGAGCUUUUUUGGGCCUGGAACAGGUCCCAUCCACAUCAGCCAAAUGAAAUGCAAUGGCUCCGAGAGCAGCUUAUGGGAGUGCACCUCAAUCAACACCACUGCCAGCAACUAUUGUGGACAUAAGGAAGAUGCUGGCAUUGUGUGUUCAGAAAGUGUUGAGAUCACACUCAUAGACAGCACAACCGAGCUGAACUUGACAACACUGGUGCCAGUGUCAACUGCAAUGGCAGCUACAGAAAGCAGCAGUGGCGUUUCAGCAGCAGCGAUUGGCUGCGUCGUCUUAUCUAUUGCUCUGCUUAUGGUUAUUAUUUUAAAUGCUGCUUCCUAUGUGCAUUUCAAAAGAGCAAAGGAAUGUGUGAUUCACCAACAUCACAGUAAUUCUCACACAAGCCUGGAGUCCCAGUCCAAUGUACAGAUAGGAAUCUACAACACACAAACUGUCCCGGCUGCCGGGGAGCGUCAGUACGAAAGUCUUGGCCCGAGAAUGAGCUCAAAAUAUGGCAACAAAUUCAGCACGAGAACAAAUCGACCCACUCGUGACUCUGACAGUUCCACUGAUUCAGACUAUGAACAUCACAACAGCAAUCGACCGCAAAGACUGCAUCUAAACAACUCAAGAGAUGUGAAUGAUGUAGACUGUACAUCUUCUGGAGAAAGACGUGUGCACAACAUGGAAAUUAACAUGGACACCAUCCAAAAGUCAGGUGAUAAACCCCCAUUGACACCACUGUCUUUUGGUGCCCCUGACACCCACAGGCAAGCAGUAGAUAUGAAUGAUACAAGCAGUACUUCUUCUGGAGAGUUCUAUCAAAACACAAAGACCGACAUGGACGACAUUCUCCAGUCAUCUGAGGAAACACCAGCCCUUCAAGAAAAGUUACCAUUGACACUCUUGUCUUAUGGUGACCAUCGCUUACCUGGAACUGACAAUAAAGGAGUAGAUAUGAAUGAUUCAAGCAGUACAUCUUCUGGCGAGUUCUAUCAAAACACAGAGACCAACACGGACAACAAUUUCAUGUCACGUGAGGAAAGACCAUCACUGCAUGAAAAGUCAUCAUUUGCACCCCUGUCUUAUAGUGACCUUCACUUUCCAAACACUGACAGUCAAGAUGUGAAUGAUUCAGACAGUACAUCUUCUGGCGAGUGCUAUCAAAACACAGAGAUCGACAUGGACAACGGUCUCCAGUGUGAAGACGAGGAAAGCCCAUCACUUCCUGAAAAGACACUACAGACACCCCACAGCACCCAGAUGACAGGAAACACUGCUGGUUACAGCAGCUCUCAUGUACCAAUCACCCACAGUCAAGAUGGGAAUGAUUCAGACAGUACUUCAUCAGAAGAGUGUUAUCAGAACACAGAGAUGGAUGAAAACGCCUAUCCUCAUUAUGGUGAGGAAAACCCAUCACUUCCUGAGAUGUCUUUUCAGAAUCCCCACAUUGCACAGAUGACGGAAGGUACUGACGGUUACGGAGACCAUCAUGUACCUAGAAACCUCAGUCAAGAAACAGAUAACAGCAGCACAGCAUCAGAGGCAUCGUAUGUUAAUGUACCACCUAAAAAAGAGAGGGAGGACCAUUCUGCUGCAUCUUCAGAGAGCGACUAUGAUGAACCUGGAACCUGGUGAAAUCAACAUGAUGACUGCAAGAGAUUUUUCUCAGCAGGACAGAUGAUUCACAACAACACGUCCCUGAAAACCAUGGAAUGUAACACAGACGGGCCCUUGCAAUACCUGAGUG